AUGCCGGUCAUCCAGCCCCUGAAGGGGUCAACCGCGGCCCCCGCGACAUACAAGCAGCCCUCGAGGAAGGGGAAGAAGGCCUGGAGGAAGAACGUCGACGUUACCGAAGUCGAGAAGGGCCUCGACGAGUUGAACGAGGAGAUCAUCAAAGGUGGUAUUCUCGCUGAUCGGCCUUCGGAUGAGCUCUUCGUCAUCGACACGGUCGGCGACUCUUCACUCCCGAAGCAGUUCCCAGAGCAUACCUCGAAGCCCCUAAAAGCCGACGAGAUCAUUUCCGCACGCUCGGCCGUGCCAGCAGUCUCUCUACGGAAGCGUCCAGGAGAUAAAACCUCGGACGGUGUUAUCCCGGCGAAGCGACUACGAACAGGAUACGUCACGCACAAGGAGCUCAAUCGACUGCGCAAAGUUGCCGAUGGCCACCACGAAUCUACCGUCGAAGUCAGCGAUGCGUCGUAUGAUGCAUGGGGAGCCGUGGCCAAACCCGAGCCGGAGGUGUUAGUAGAUACGAGGGACGAAAAGAAAAAGGCCCCUAAAUCAUUAUCGCAGAAGCCGAUAUCACUGCUGGCGAGUGGCAAGAUGCCCAAGGCUGUGCCAAAACCUACUGGCGGCUACAGUUACAACCCCGUGUUCACAGAUUACGAGGCUCGGUACGUCGAAGCAUCUAACAAGGCCGUCGAGGCCGAGCGACAACGUCUGGCGGCCGAAGAAGCGGAGCGCGUCAAGCAAGAAGCAGCGGCUAGAUCGGCGGCCGAAGCGGAAGCCGCAGAAGCGCGGGCGGACCUGUCCGAGUGGGAAGACGACUCGGAAUGGGAGGGCUUCCAGAGCGGCGGCGAGGAGCUCAAGGCCAGCACGAAGCGGCCCGAGCGCAAGACCAAGGCGCAGCGGAAUAGAAUCCAGCGACGGAAAGAAGAGGAGCGGCGAGCGAAACACGAAGCCAAAACCAAGGUGCGCAAGGCUCAGCUCGAGCAGAUCAGGCGAAUCGCCAAGGAGAUAUCGGAACGCGAACGAGAGCGAACGCUCGCGGUAGCCAAGGCCGAAGACAGCGAGGGCAGCACCGACGACAAUGAGGAGGUGCUCCGACGACGCCAGCUGGGGAAAUUUAAGCUCCCAGAGAAGGACCUGGAACUGGUCCUGCCGGACGAGCUGCAGGACUCGCUGCGUCUCCUCAAGCCCGAGGGAAACCUGCUGAAAGAUCGGUACCGGAGCUUGUUGCUGCGAGGCAGGAUGGAAGUCAGGGGCAGGAUACCGUUCAAGAAGCAGGCCAAGACUAAGCUCACGGAGAAGUGGACCUACAAGGACUUUGACAUAUAG